AUGUUAAAAUUCUCUGGCAAAGUGUUUCGGUCUGCGGGUAUACGUGGCCUAGCCACGGCUCUGCCCACAACAAGGACCACAGUUUUGAAAAAUGGACUAACGGUGGCGACGGAGAAGAUUCCCAACUCGUUGACCGCCACCGUGGGAGUUUGGAUUGACGCCGGCUCUCGGGCGGAUGUGAGUGACUCCACUUCUGGAACGGCCCACUUUCUUGAGCAUUUGGCUUUUAAAGGAACCAACAACAGAACACAGUUGAAUUUGGAGCUUGAAGUGGAAAAUUGCGGUUCCCACCUGAAUGCAUAUACAUCUAGAGAAAACACUGUCUACUAUGCUAAGUCGUUAAAAGAGGACAUUCCAAGAGCAGUGGACAUUCUUUCCGACAUCCUGACGCGCUCAAAGCUUGAGAAAUCGGCUAUUGAGAAGGAAAGACCUGUGAUCAUCAGAGAAAGCGAGGAAGUCGAUAAGAUGUAUGAUGAAGUUGUUUUCGACAGGCUUCAUGAAGUCGUGUUUAAGGGCCAGCCUUUGGGAAGAACCAUUUUGGGUCCGAUUGAAAAUAUCAAGUCUAUUACCCAAUAUGAUCUGAAGAACUACAUUCAAACCAACUACAAGGGCGAUCGCAUGGUGUUGGUUGGAACAGGUGCGGUGGAGCAUGAGCAACUUGUUGAGCUUGCGGAAAAAUCAUUUGGACAUGUGCCGUUGUCGGAAAAACCGCUGCCACUAGGAACGCCACGCGGAGCACUACCCAAGUUUUAUGGUGAAGAAAUAAAGGUCAAGGAUGAGUCUUUGCCAAAUACCUACUUCGCUCUCUGCGUGGAGGGCUGCUCGUGGUCGUCUGAUGACUACUUUAAGGCACUUGUUGCGCAAGCUAUUGUGGGCAAUUGGGAUAGAGCAACAAACGUCGCUCCUUCGCCUCUAGCAAGAGCCGUCGCUUCCGGCCAGGGAGCACCUUUGUGCAAUUCUUUCAUGUCGUUCUCCACUUCGUACUCUGACACAGGUCUCUGGGGAACAUAUGUCGUCGUGGAUAAAUCACAGACGUGCUAUCCAGUGAUAGACUGUAUUUUGAGAGAAUGGAGCCGACUGCGAAACGGAAAUUUCUCAGUGAAAGAAGUUGAAACAGCAAAGUCCCAGCUAAAGGGUUCAUUGCUUCUGUCAUUGGACGGAAGCACUGCUAUAGCUGAAGAUAUUGGCCGUCAGUUAGUCACUACUGGCCGUAGAUUAUCUCCCGAAGAGAUUUUCGAAAUUGUGAAUAGUAUCACCAAGGACGACGUCGUUGAUUGGUGCCAACGCUAUUUGCAGGGGAAGCCAGUGGGAUUGGCAGCUCUGGGAUCCACGGACUCCAUCCCGGCCCACAAACUCAUUAGCCAGAGUAUGUCUUUCUAA